AUUUGUAUUCCUUGUUUGGUAUGAUCUCUUUAACAAACAAAAGGUCUCCCAUGGGUUGUUAGGGUUUGGAACGAGAAAGUUCGUGACCAGCUUCCGUUGGUAAAAUUGGUCCUUGGCGAAUGGGGUACUUCCUCGGUGCUUUAUAGUUUUUCCUUCUAAUCUCUUUCUGGUUUUCAGUGGUCAGAGAGAUGUGCUAGAUUUAGUACGGCAACGAUGGUGGUAGGUCUUAGUGCAAGGCAAGAGUGGCUAGUACUCUUGCCAAUGAGGUUGGGUGGAAUAAGAGGAGUCUUACUCCGUGAGAAAGGAGGCUGCAGUGGUGUGAGGGGUAGGUUGAGACUGGUCUGUUGGGCUCGAGAAGGGGCGAGAUCUUGGUGGACGUGGUGGUGGCAUGGCUGGUUUCUUAGUGGAG